GAGGAGAAGUCAACCCAAAUAGACUCUGCUGAUCUUUUGCAAGUACGUUAGCAACUUGAGCAACUCAUCACUGCUUCGCGUCUUUCUAUUUCGUUUUCGUGAUCAUUGAGCUGCGCAAAACUGAGAGAGUGUCCAUCGCGUUCGUGCAGUUAUGGGCUCUCCCAAAGACCAUCUUCCGCUGACCAUAUCGGAGGACACCAUACGGGCUCUUUUUGCAUUCCUCAACCUACCGCCGCCGCAGUCGGUAUCCGCUUUGUCUACCACGGCGGAGUAUCAUUCGAUCUAUGUCGUUUCUUUCGCGACCGAAGUGGCAGAUGCCGCUUUUCCGAUGCUUUCACGGUCCAACAAGGAUUGUGUUGAACUUAUCCUGCGCAUCUCCGGCCAUCACCUACCCCGCAUCAAGACCGUCAACGAAGUCGCAACGAUGACUUGGCUGCAGCAAAAUACUCAAUUGCCUGUAGCCAAAGUCAUACGUUAUGAUGCCAGCACCAAUAAUCCACUGGGUCACGAAUUCACUCUUCUACAGCGACUCCCUGGCGUCGCGGUUAGCGAGAUUUAUGAUCGACUCCCGCCACGGCUGCUUGACAGUCUCAUCAAUCAGUUGGUAGACAUCGUACAGCAAAUCCAUGCAAUCUCUUGGGAUGGUGUGUCCGGCCUUCAAUUCGACCAUGACGGCAACAUUGUCCCGGGACCUAUAGUUGAGGAGACGUUCUGGCAGCAGCCUGAUGUGGUCAAAUACUGGCCUGGGUCAGAGUCAGUCCAAUCUCUCAAUAUUACUGGUCCCUACAAAUGCUACACCGAUUACAUCGCCGCGAUGGUGCGUGUUUAUCAACAUGCAAUUCGCCUUCAUCCAUCAUUGGCAGAUAUGCGAGAUAUGCUGCCACGGCUUGAUCUCUUUGUUAACAUCCUAUCUGAGUUCCCGGAGCUCAACAAAACCAGAUAUUUCCUAGCGCACAAAGACUUACAUUUUGCAAAUAUCAUGUGCGAUGAAGAGACCGGUCUUAUUACUGGAAUUCUGGACUGGGAAUUCUCCAGCGUUGUACCUGCAACCCGCUGGAAUCCUGUUGGGGCAUUUCUUUGGAAUGGCCAGUACUCUGAAGGAGCCAUGGCAGAGAGAGAUCGCCUUAAGACCUUGUUUACAGAAUGUUGCGCCGCACGGGGAUUAAGCUCGCUGAUAGAGGAGACAAGACCAAACUCAGUAAUGCAGGGGGCCAUGCAAGAAGCAAUUAAUUACCUGCGUGCAAUCGUGGAAGUGCGCCCACGGGGUCAGAAGGAAGACAGGGUGCCCAGCUGGCGCGCCACUCUUGAAUCCCAGCUGAAGAUUCUGGGUAUUUGAGAGAUUCUAUGUGUUUGAGAGAUUAUAUUGGGUAUUUGAGGGAUUCUCUGGGUGUUUGAGACUACUUCCAGCCGCCAGCCGCAAGUAUUAGACAGAUGCAUUUUUUAAUUCGGAUUUUACUGAUACAAGACCAAUGCUACAUAGAUACUUGUAGAAUGAUCGGUAAUAAUAGUCAACUACUUAGACGUCACUGUUAAGUAGGCCUUCGUC